AGCCUCCACGGAGCUCACACAGGGUUUUAGCCAAUCGAGUUUCCAGCCUUAAAAUUGCUUCUUAAUCUCGAGCUGUCUAUUUGGCAGUUUGAUUGAUGUCCUCGCGCUGCACAGAGGGGGGUGGGUUCAGGCCUACAGUCCGUCCUCGCUCUCCUGCACGCUCACACAGUCUGACUCACACACGUGCGGUCGCAGCAGACAACGAGCGGAGCUCAAACGUGAGAAGAAGAGUCCAGGGAGCUCAAAGGUGAGAAGCCGGGACGGAAGAGUCCAGGGAGCGGCGCGUGGAGCAAGCUGUGUUCCUCGCGCCGGAGCGCAGGGCUCGCGGAGGCCAUGGAUCACUUAGGGCUUCUGGGGGCGCACUUGCAGCACCACAGUGGAGUGGAGCCCAUCAGCUUUGGCAUCGACCAGAUCCUCAGCAACGUUGAGCAGAGCUGCAUGCUGGGCGUAAGGAUGCACGAGCCGGACUACGGACAUGUGGCUUAUAACAACAGCGCGAGCAAUGGCUUCACGUGCGGUAACACCGGAUAUAACGGCACCAGCAGCUCGUGUGGGAUGGCUGCCCUCGGCGGGGCUUAUCACAUGAACAUAGGUGUGAAUGCGAACGGGACAAACGUGAACCCUGCCGGGGUCAUCCGUGUGCCCGCACACCGACCUCUGAGCUGCGGAAACUCAACCGGGCCGCCGGGCAGCGCGAGCAUCAAUAACAUGGGCUCGCUCACAUUCCCCUGGAUGGAGAGCAACCGCCGCUACACCAAAGACAGGUUCACAGGUCAUCCAUACCAGAACCGGACACCUCCUAAGAAAAAAAAGCCUCGGACGUCAUUUACACGGCUGCAAAUCUGUGAGCUGGAGAAACGUUUCCACAGACAGAAGUACCUGGCAUCUGCUGAGCGCGCUGCCCUGGCCAAAGCCCUGAAGAUGACUGACGCUCAGGUCAAAACCUGGUUCCAGAACAGACGCACCAAGUGGAGGCGGCAGACGGCGGAGGAGCGCGAGGCGGAGCGGCAGCAGGCCAACCGGAUCCUCAUGCAGCUUCAGCAGGAGGCCUUCCAGAAGACCAUCAACCAGCCGGUCACCCCGGACCCGCUGUGUCUGCAGAACAGCUCCCUGUAUGCCCUACAGAACCUGCAACCCUGGACAGAGAACACCGGCAAGAUCAGCAGCGUGUCGGCCUGCGAAUAGAGCCAGCGCGCAGCGUGACUCCCAGAGACAUGGACAUGGACGUGAAUCCGCUGGAGAGCUCCGUGAAAAGGAGGUUUGGUGCUGGACAGUUGAAUAUAUAAAGGUCAGCAGGUCGUCUGCCAGCUCUUAUUAUCACCCAUCCUCUGUCAGCUAUGAUGCUGGAACUGCAGCUAUAACAGAAAGCAUGAUUCUGAUGGGGUUCCCUUUAGUUUCCACUGCUCCCAUGUAAUGGGGGCCCACAGUCUUAUCUGGAUCCUUCACAGGUCUGGACUGAAUCCAAGCUUCAGCCCUGCAGGGAACCAGAUCAACAUUCUGAAAAUAUUUUGGAUGGGCAUUGCAGUGUGCUACAUACAUACAUCUGCAGAAAGCUCCCAAGAGGAGCAGGAGGACAGACUGACAUCAGUGAGUUGUAUUAUACUUGCCUGUAAAGGACUUGAUGUUUCAUAAACAGCAUAUUUUCAUAGGCUAUUUGAUGUUGGCUAAAAAAAAGAAACGUGUGUACUGUACAUCUCUCUCGACAUCAAUGUCUGAUUGUGUACGUCCUCAAAGUAACUUUUUUAUUCAUCUAAUAAUGUCAAAUAACAGCACUUGUUUUAGCACCUUUUUAUGAACUUAUGCAGGCUAUAAACUGACACAUUAACAAAUGGAAAUGACUCCAUAUGAUUAUUUACAGCAACACACCAAGGUAUUUGUCUAUUUUACCAUCAAAAUAAAAAUAAUACUGAAUUGCACUUUGCAGCCAUUAAAC